AUGUCUCGUUUAAGUAAUUCCACUGAAACAAUGACUGGGUUAAGUGCUAACGAAUCUAACAACUCAUUUAAUAACUAUAGAAAAAAUUUCCCCACUUCAUCUUCUUCAGAAACACAUAAGAAUUCUAGUGAUGAGAGAAAUAACUUAACUUCUGGAGAUAUUUGUCGAUUGAACUAUAGUUUUGCAGAAUCUCCUGAAUUAGAUAUAGAUCGGAAUCAAUCAGCGCAACAAAGGGAUAAGAUUCAUGAUGGAGCUAGUGAAUCUUUAACUAAUUCCCCACUAGAUAGUACUGUAAGAAACGACACUAUUUCCCAGGUAGACAAAAUUAAGAUAAACAAUUCGAAGAAUUCAAAAAGCACUUCGAACUCUGCCGCAGGGAUUAUUAACUCAUUCAAGUCUUGGACAAAUUCACUAGUCACACAUUUAUCUAAACAGAAAGGCCGAAACAGGCGUGACAGAUCGUCCAGAAACAUGGAUACUCCAUUAAAUGUGGAAGCUAAUACUGAAGUCCGUGGUAGAAUAUCACAAAUCGAGGACAAUACUUCUAAUGCUUUUCGCGCAAACAUUUCAGAUGAGGAGUUUGCAAGAAGAAUGCAGAUAGAGGAAUUAAAUAAUUUUGGAGCAUUACAUAUUAUGGAAAACAACUCAAGUCUUCCCCCGUAUUUGUUAGGGAAUUUUCAAGAUGCUAAUUAUAAUCCUAAUAUAACCGUUUCAUCAUCUAACAGUAUGACGGUUAGUCCUUUUCAAGGUGCCCCGUACAAAUUUGAAUUCCAAUCCUCAGAUGAUGAGCGAUAA